AUGGUGGCACCUGCGCUAAAGUUGACCAAUCUUCAAGUCGCCAUGCUGUUGGCACUAGGAGCUCCAUGCAUCCUGGUCCAUAUGCUGGACUAUGUCAGUAUGACGAGUGAUGCAUCCUAUCGCAAGGACCUGCAGUGCUUCGAGAUCUUUGCAGGGACUUCUGGGGUGUACAAAGCUUUUCGUCGCCGCGGACUGGCAGCAGCUCGGUACGACGUGGACCUCGACAAGGACUCUAUGGAUUUCACAAGUGUGUUGGGCUUGCUGGUGGCUCUCCAAUACGUACUCAGGAUGGCUCCGGGAUCACUUUUGUACAGUGGCCUUCCGUGCAGUUUACAUGUAUGGAUAGCUCGGGGUAGUUCAUUGAAAACACGAUGCAACCCCAGAGGAAAUCUUUUGAAAUCUUGUGUCCGUGAAGCUAAUCUCAUAGCAUGUCGUUUCAGUAUGGUCGUUUUGGUGUGCUUAGUACGCCAAAUUUGGCACCUCACUGAGCAGCCGGGCAGCUCAGUGGCACGGCAUCUGCCGUAUCUAGAGCUUGCGCUCCAUCCUGAUCGCAUGAUGAUGGGAUUUCAAUCCUCUCUAUGCCAAUAUUUUUGGAUGGGACUAUUUGGGCAUCGUUCAUUGAAGAGGAGCAUGGCAUUUGGAACAUCGUGUUGGGCCCAUAUGCUGUCUCUCCAAGCCCGUCUCACGAAAGCUGACCGAGAAGAACAUCGUUGGUCUUCUGCUGGGAACACCAAGGUCACCCGCAAUCGCCAGGGUAAAGUCAAGAAUGUGAGCGGAGGGCCAAAGUUGAAGGAGACACAAUCCUAUCCCUCAAAGUUCUGUUCUCGAGUGUGUUCUCUUCACAAGACCUGGUGCCUUGAUACAAACUCCGUCCCUGCAAUUCCCGACCGCCACCAGCUUGAACAUGGGCCACACAACUUUGCCGACAAAUCCAUAUGGGAUGAUGCCCAACUGGAAGAUCUCCUGAAGUUCAUCCAGCAGGAGAUGUUGUUGGAGCACUUUGUGCCUCGGUCCACCGUGCCGUUGCAAACGGCGCCGAUCAGUCAUGACCAGGUGGGUGUUUACUUUAGUUGCCUGAAUGCUGAAUCAGGCCCUAAGCGAAAACGGGGCCAAUAG